AUGAUUAGACCAGACCAGUUCUCAGGUAAUGAGGACGUAAGAAAAUAUUUCAAGCAAUACGAAAAAGCAGCAGAUGUAAACGGUUGGAAGGACGAAGAUAAAGUAAGAUUUUUAUCGAUAUUCGUAAAAGUCACAGCAAGUAUAUUUUUGGAAAAUUUGGAAGACAAACAUAAUAAUUGGACAUGGAAUAAUUUGAAACAGGAGUUUCUCGACGAAUUUCAACCAAUGGGUUACAAUACAAUUUUAAAAACUAGAUUAGAAAAUAGACGUCAAGGAGAUACAGAGUCUAUAAUGAGUUUUGUAACAGCAAUAGAAAAUAUAUGUAGACAACUAAAUAAAAAUAUGCAGGAAGAAGAAAUUUGCACUUAUAUUUUAAAGGGAUUAAAAGAGACAGUCUUACAUGCGAUUUCAUUACACGACAAUAGCAACCUAAAGGAACUAAAGAAAAAUUUAAAAAAAUUUGAAUUGAUGCAAUUUCGAAUUAAUAACAGAGGACCAGAAUUAAGUGAUUAUACAGAAAUGCUUAAUGAACAUGUAUCUCAACUAAACCAAAAAACAAAAGAAAAAGGAAGAGAAAUGAUGAACUAA